CGGCGCCCAGCAGGCGGGCGAGGAGGCGCGGGUGGGCCUGGGCGCGGCGCGAGGCGGUGCGCCGCCGCCUCCCCGCCCCCGGCCGGCGCGCUCUCAGGGCGGUGGUUGAGGCCGCGGUAGGUGGGGACGCGGCGGCGCUGCUCCUCCGCUGCCGCCUGGAGAGUCGGCGGCGCCGCCAGCUCCACGCGCCAACUCCCGUCCAUGGCACGCAGGGCGGCGGCCGCCCGAGCUGCCCGAGUCUCGCCCGCUGCCGGAGCGGGGGCACCGCACGCCGCGCCGCACUUUUAGGCGAGUCCGGAGGUCGAGGGCGGGGAAGUCAGCCCGGAGCUGCAGCCCCCGCCGGCCGCCGCCGCGCGGCGGGAGGGAGUUCCCAGAGCGGCCGCGGCCCCGGCCGGCCCCCUCCCUGCGCCCUCCCCCUCGCGGCGAGGCUAUCCCGAGCCUGCGCCCGCCGCCCGCGCCUGCCGCCCGCGCCCGCCGCGAUGAUCUUCCCCAGCAGCAGCGGCAACCCCGGGGGCAGCAGCAACUGUAGGACGCCCUAUCGCAAGCAGCAGUCCCUGGUCCCGGCCCCCCCCAUGGCCCCUCCCAGUCCCAGCACUCCCAGCAGUAAUAACAACAGUAGCAGCAGCAGCAACUCAGGAUGGGAUCAGCUAAGUAAAACGAACCUCUACAUCCGCGGGCUGCCUCCCAACACCACAGACCAGGACCUGGUGAAGCUGUGUCAGCCAUAUGGAAAAAUAGUCUCCACAAAGGCAAUUUUGGAUAAGACAACAAACAAGUGCAAAGGUUAUGGUUUUGUCGACUUUGAUAGUCCUGCAGCGGCUCAGAAAGCUGUGUCUGCCCUGAAGGCUAAUGGGGUUCAAGCUCAAAUGGCGAAGCAACAGGAACAAGAUCCUACCAACCUAUAUAUUUCUAAUUUGCCACUGUCCAUGGAUGAGCAAGAACUUGAAAAUAUGCUCAAACCGUUCGGACAAGUGAUUUCUACAAGGAUACUACGUGAUUCCAGUGGUACAAGUCGUGGUGUUGGCUUUGCUAGGAUGGAAUCAACAGAAAAAUGCGAAGCAGUUAUCAGUCACUUUAAUGGAAAAUUCAUUAAGACACCACCAGGAGUUUCUGCACCUACAGAACCCUUAUUGUGUAAGUUUGCAGACGGAGGACAGAAGAAGAGACAGAACCCAAAUAAAUAUAUCCCUAAUGGAAGACCAUGGCAUAGAGAAGGAGAGGUGAGACUUGCUGGAAUGACAGUUACUUAUGACCCAACUACAGCUGCUAUACAGAAUGGAUUUUAUCCUUCACCAUACAGUAUUGCUACAAACCGAAUGAUCACUCAAACUUCUAUUACACCCUAUAUUGCAUCUCCUGUAUCUGCUUACCAGGUGGCAAAGGAAACCAGAGAAAACAAGUAUCGGGGCUCUGCUAUCAAGGUGCAAAGUCCUUCUUGGAUGCAACCUCAACCAUAUAUCCUACAGCACCCUGGUGCUGUGUUAACUCCCUCGAUGGAGCACACCAUGUCACUACAGCCUGCAUCUAUGAUCAGCCCUCUGGCCCAACAGAUGAGUCAUCUGUCACUAGGCAGCACCGGAACAUACAUGCCUGCAACGUCAGCUAUGCAAGGAGCCUAUUUGCCACAGUAUACACAUGUGCAGACAACGGCGGUUCCUGUUGAGGAGGCAAGUGGUCAGCAGCAGGUGGCUGUAGAGACAUCUAAUGAUCAUUCUCCAUAUACCUUUCAACCCAAUAAGUAACUGUGAGAUGUACAAAAGGGUGUUCUUACAUGAAGAAAGGUGUGAAGGCUGAACAAUCAUGGAUUUUUCUGAUCAAUUGUGCUUUAGGAAAUUAUUGACAGUUUUGCACAGGUUCUUGAAAACGUUAUUUAUAAUGAAAUCAACUAAAACUAUUUUUGCUAUAAGUUCUAUAAGGUGCAUAAAACCCUUAAACUCAUCUAGUAGCUGUUCCCCCGAACAGGUUUAUUUUAGUAAAAAAAAAAAAAAAAAAAAUCCAAAAAA